UCACUAAAGAACUUUGUUUAGUGUCUCAGAGGAGCAAAAAGCAACUUGGAUCAUAAAUUAAACCUUACCUUGAAUGGUUAUUUUCAACCAGUUGUCUGAAAUAUAUUCGCGAUCGCAGGAAUAACGAAGCUGUGUGGUGACGUCACUUCCGCAUUUAGCCAUAACAAUGGCGGACGAGUGUGUACAAAUACUCCAAAAUGCCAACUUUGAGUUUAAAAACCAGAAUUUCGAAAGGGCCGAAGAACUUUACAACAAGUUCAUUUCGUCUUGUGAACAUUUCAGGGAACGUGAAGCGUCCUGUUUGGCGACGGCUUACAACAACCGCGGACAAAUAAAAUAUUUUCGGGUGGAUUUUAACGAAGCCGUCGAGGAUUACACGUCGGCGAUACAGGCUGAUGACAAGUUUGAAGUAGCGUUCUACAACAGAGGACUAAUACAUUAUAGACUGGGUGUGUUUGACGACGCCAUUCGGGAUUUCCGACAAGCUUUAAAGCUCAACGAAACCUUUGAGGACGCCAAAGUCGGCCUUCGACGGACUCUGCUUGACCAACAGGACAAAACAAACAGAGAAUAUUGACGUUUGUGAACAUUUGUGUCCAACCUGUGGUGUUUUUGUAAAUGACAUGCACGCUUAACUCCUCAAAAUGAUAUUAAAUAAACUGUCUAUGUCCCUCCACAA